AUGAGUAUUCAACUUCGCACACUUACGCCACGUAUAAGUCUAAGAUCCAUCUCAACCAAAUUUAAACUCCACCAAAUUCAACCACCAUCAAACUCAGCUUCAGCUCCUUCUGCAACGCCCUCCCCUCCAAACAUUCAGUAUGGUCCACUUUCCGCCGCACAGAAAGCUUACCUCGACCGUGUCAUUCGCGUGGACCAGGCGGGAGAGCUCGGUGCAGACUAUAUUUAUAUGGGCCAGCACUUUGUCUUGUCGCGCACAUCGCCACAUUUAAAACCCAUCAUCAAACACAUGUGGGAACAGGAAGUUCACCAUCAUAGUACAUUCAACAAUCUACAAACACAGCGCCGUGUGCGUCCUUCAAUACUAACGCCGUUGUGGAAGGUCGGUGCUGUGGCAAUGGGUGUAGGAACUGCAUUGAUCAGUAAAGAGGCGGCAAUGGCAUGCACUGUUGCUGUUGAGACGGUGAUUGGUAGCCACUAUAACCAGCAAUUGCGCGUAUUGAUGAAUUCAUACAAUGUUGAUCUUUACCACAAGGAAACCGGAGAGAAAUUGACACAGGAUGAGGUAUUAAAGUUGGACAAGGAUGAAAGAGUUAGCGAAGAAUUAAAGAAGAUGAAGGAAAUAAUUAGCCAAUUCCGUGAUGAUGAAUUGGAACAUUUGGAUACGGCGAUUGAACAUGAUGCCGAGAAAGCCGUGCCUUAUAUAUUAUUGACCGAGGGGAUCAAGUUGAUCUGUAGAGGUGCCAUAUGGACUGCCGAAAGAGUAUAG